CGCCGAGGAGCGGUCGCGUUGGCCGCUACCCACCCGAGCCGGGCGGGGAGGUCCGCCCGCAACGCGGAGAGGGAUGCGGCCUCUGAGGGGCAGAGGCUGAGGAGCCCCUGCCCGCAGCGCGUCGCUCGCCGCUCGCCGCUUCCCCCGCGGCGCCGGCCCGCGCCUGAUUCCUGGCCGGAGCUGCAGGAGGGAAAACGCCGACUCCACGACAGAUAAUUGUAUCAAGUGAGUCUUCUGUUCAGUGUGCGGAAGUGAGUCUGCCAAACCUCCAGAAGCAGUCAACGUUUCUUUUGAUCCCUGGAUUAUCUUUCAGGAAAGUGAAUAAACUUAAUUGAGAAUGUCUGAAAACCUUGACAAGUCCAAUAUAAACAAAGCAGGAAAAUCAAAUGAUUCUGAGCAAGGCCUUGAAGAUGCUGUGGAAGGUUCUGAUGAAGCUUUUCAGAAGGAAAGAAAGUCGGGCUCUCCUAGCACCCAAAGAGUACAAAGACCUCACUCUAGUCCUCCUCAAUUUGUGACAGUAGAAGAACUUCUAGAGACAGCAAAAGGAGUCACUAAUAUGGCUCUAGCCCAUGAAAUUGUAGUAAAUGGAGACUUCCGGAUUAAACCAGUUGAGUUACUGCAAGACAGCCUCUCAAAUAGAAGUACAGCACCAGAUGGCUUCACGGCUGAAUUCUACGAGAAAUUUAAAGAGGAGCUAAUACACAUCCUUCUUAAAGUACUCAAAAAAACUCUCUUAUCUUUCUUGCUGCCUGGUCACACUAGACUGAGAAACCAAAUAACAGAAGUCUUGGAUCUGGAUCUGAUAAAGCAGGAGGCAGAGAAUGGGGCCCUAGACAUUUCCAAGCUGGCAGAAUUCAUCACUGGCAUGAUGGGGACACUCUGUGCACCUGCUCGAGAUGAGGAAGUUAAGAAACUAAAGGACAUUAAGGAAAUAGUGCCCCUUUUCAGAGCAAUUUUUUCUGUGUUGGACCUAAUGAAAGUGGACAUGGCGAACUUUGCUGUCAGCAGCAUUAGGCCACAUCUCAUGCAGCAGUCAGUUGAAUAUGAAAGGAAGAAGUUUCAAGGACUCUUGGAGAAGCAACCAAAUUCCCUGGACUUCGUCACCCAGUGGCUGGAAGAAGCAGCAGAUGACCUUAUGAAAGAGAAGUAUAAAAAUGCCCUGCCAGCUGGGGGAGAGGCCACGGACUGUGCGGGCAGUCCCCUGCCAAGUCCUGCUGCUGUUCAGAAUCAUGCGUACCUGAAGCUUCUGAAAUGGGACCAUCUCCAGAGACCUUUCCCUGAAACAGUUUUGAUGGACCAGUCCCGCUUCCAAGAAUUUCAGCUCCGGCUGGAGCAGCUGACCAUCCUGGGGGCUGUGUUGCUGGUCACAUUCAGCAUGGCAGCCCCUGGAAUUUCCAGCCAGGCCGACGUCGCUGAGAAACUCAAGAUGAUUGUGGAGAUUCUGCUGACAGAUAUGCAUCUGCCCUCCUUCCAUCUGAAGGAUGCCCUGACUACCAUUGGGGAGAAGGUCUGUGUGGAGGUGAGCAGCUGCCUUUCCCUGCGUGGACUCACACCCUUCACCACAGACAAGGAGAUGGUGCUCAAGGGCCAGAUCCAGGCUGUGGCCAGUCCCAACGAUGCCAUCCGCCGGAUUGUGGGUUCCCGCAUCCUGGUCUUCUUAGAAACCUACCUUGCCUCUGGUCAUCAGAAGCCUUUGCCCACAGUACCUGGGGGAUUGGGUCCAGUUCAAAAUGAGCUGGAGGAAGUUGCUAUUAAAUUCGUUCGCCUGGUCAACUAUAACAAGAUGGUCUUCAGUCCCUACUAUGAUGCAAUCCUCAGUAAGAUCCUUGUCAGAUCCUAACACGUAUGUUCCCUCAGCAGCAGUAUUACCCACUCAACUCAGAAUACCUGUUCCCAACUAUAAUGUUCCUUUGGAUAAUGGCUAUUUAGUACAUUUCUAUUUAACAGCACUGAUUCCAAAAGGAAGAAUAUUGUGUAUCACUGUUGAAAAGACUUAUUGAAAAUGUACUGAAUUCUAUUUUGAGGGUUUGUAUUUAUGAGUGAAAGUUUACAAAUCAAAGCUUUUUGUGAUCUUGUGUUUCAUAGGUAGCACUCAGCUUUUGAAUGGUUGACUGUAUCAUGAUUUUAGCUGCCUGUCUCUCCCAGGAGGCUGGGACCUCUCUUCUGUCAUCUGGGUAGUUUUUCAUUCAGAUACCCAGGAGUAUCUUACAGUCCCCUAAGAGUAAAAGAAAUUAAGCCAUGACUGUGCUGCGAUUCACUGUCACAGCCCCCGACUUCUCUCCCUCCAGCUAUUUUUGUGGAAAGGCUGUAUAUAGUCUUACUGUCUUUUUCCCCCUCUAUUUAUUGCUUUCUUCCUGCCUGGCCUAGCCAGAGCCCCAGAGACCUUUUGUUCUAGAGGAGAGUUACUUGAUUUUAAAAAUAAGCUUAUUCUUUUAAACAAAAUUACUCCUGAGAUUGGAUGAUGGCAGUUAUUACUUAUGGGAUCUAGAGAAAGGAAAUCCAUUGACAUCUAGGCCUUGAAAGUUAAGAGGAAAUACAUAUAUUUUUAAAAAUAUAUAUUAGUGUAAUAUAAAAGAAGAUGAAUUCUGGAAUUUUUACUGAAAAAUUCCACUUUGAUACAAUACCACAGAUGUUUUGGUUGAACUACAAUUCCAGAAUUAGAUUUAAGUGUUUUCAGAUAAAGUAGGGUAAGCCCACUUAUUUUUUGGAUAAGGAAGUCAUAUAAAGUACCUGGUUUUUAAGCAGUGUUUUUUGAGGCACUUUAGUGACCAGAAUUCCUGAUAUAUCCUGUGACUGGAAGGGUAGUUUGGGUCUCGCAGAUGACCUAAAAAAACUUAAAUGCAUGCAUAUGCAUGUGUGUAUUUUAGACAGGGACAUUACAUUAGAAGCAGAGCCAUGAAAUUUUUGGAAUGAUCUUCAACCACCAGCCAGCAGGGGGUGAAAUAAUGCAAGGAAUCCCUUUAUUAAAGCCGAUUUAGGAUGGAGUGGGAAUGGGAUUAGAGACUGCCAGAGGAACAUUCAGCCCACAGACUGUCUAGUGACACCAGGUUUCCAAGGAGUGACCGGUUGUACUGGGGGGGAAUGUGAUUUCUCCAAAUACAUGCUACAAACUGCUCUAAUGGUGUUUUUUACUUGCAGUCAGAAAUGUAUGCUGCGUUAUGUGGUCAGAGUCAUAUUAUUAAAGUUAGGACUCAAGGACAAAUCUUCCCUCAUGUCAUUGGAAGGGAAUAAAAGUUUAGUAAGUAGAACUUUUAAAGAACAAAACCACAUCUCUUGUAAUGUAUUCAGUGAGGCCCCUUCUGGAAUAGUUUCUGGAGGUCAGGUCGCUCUGGCAGCUGUGCUUACUGGUUGUACGUCAUUAGGUUCCUGGACGGGGAGCCAGAGCUCCUAGGGCAGCACUCUCUCGCCUGCCUCAGCCGCAGAGUUCAGGGAUUUUUUCCCUCCAAGGAUGAGGCAACACACAGGGUGGAUUACCACUUCUGGCAGUCAUUCUUUUUGCCUUCUUUGUAAGACUUAACUCUUGAAAGAUUUUUUUUUUUUUCACCUCAUGGGUUCCUAAAUUGACAGUUAAGUUUGGACAGUUUGAAAUCUUGCUGCAUAUAUAACAGGGAGCUUCACAGACUCUUGUGGUCGCCCCUCCCCCUGCCCCGUCACUACCUCAGUGACCGCUCAUGGAGUUCUGCAAGUGGCAAAAGCGAAGAAUGAAGGAGGCAAAGUUCAGAACCGCAAUAUUCAUAUUGAAUCAUUUUGUUGUUGCUCUUUAAAAACAAAUGAGCUGAUUUUCUUCCUGGAAUCUCAGAGGAUUAUCACAAAGGGCCAGGAAAAUUAAUUUAGUUCAUUUAGUCACCCAGGAGCGUUUAUUAAGCAUCUACUUAUAACUACCCCACUACAGCUGUCCCUCCCAGACAAAAUAUACUUUGGCAUAGAAAUUAUCCUGUAGAAUCGAAUUGGUUCUGUGUACUGCAUAUUGAUUGGAUUUGACAGGAUUUCCUGUCUAAUAGGUUUGUGGAAACAAGUUUCUUUUAUGAAAGUGCUAAGUUUAUUUGGCAGAAUUUCAUUACACAUGGAUAGAAUUGAAUACCUUGAAAGGUCAGUAGCAGCAAGUCUGUUAGCUUUGAUAGUUGAAUGAAUGAAUGAAUGAAUGAAUGACAGCAGUAACUGCUACUCUGUCAGCUCUCUGUUGGGUGGAUGCGUGCAUGGAUUCACAACCUAGGCGUUUUUAUAAAAUGUCAUUACUCUUAAAGCAGCUGUAAAAUAUGAUUGUUUAUGUAACCAUAUAACCCAAUUACAAAUAUAAUUUAUUUCAGGCAAGAACCACACUGAUAUGUUUUACUGAUUAAAUGUAGCAAACAGGUAUAUAAGAACUAUUUUCUUUGUGAAGAAAAGUUACCAGUAAGUUUGACAUUAUAAGGCAUGUAAUGUACACAUACUGGCUGACGAUUCUACGUGGAUUCUUCAGCAGUUUUGUUUUUGUGGAGGUGCUUAUUUUAGUUUCCCCAAAGCCUUAAAAUUCCUGGGAAUAGAAAGGUGUUGCUGCCAUGAACUUUCCUGCUGCGUUUCAGCGGGAAUAAGUAUUCACUGUUUAAUUUCCAGUGAUCUUCUGGCAUGGCCUGAUUUAUAU